AUGCUAUCUGAACAAACACGUACUAUCGUCAAAGCUACCGUACCAGUCUUAGAACAACAAGGUGCUGUUAUCACCCGUUGUUUUUACAAGAACAUGUUAGGUGAACACACUGAAUUACUAAACAUUUUCAACAGAGUAAACCAAAAGAAAGGUGCCCAACCAACCGCUUUAGCCACCACAGUCUUAGCUGCCGCAAAGAACAUUGAUGAUUUGACUCCUCUAUUGGAACAUGUUAAGCAAAUCGGUCACAAACAUCGUGCUUUACAAAUCAAACCAGAACAUUACCCAAUCGUUGGUGAAUACUUAUUGAAAGCCAUCAAGGAAGUCUUAGGUGAUGCUGCUACUCCAGAAAUCAUUAACGCAUGGGGUGAAGCAUACGGUGAAAUCGCUAACGUUUUCAUCUCAGUUGAAAAGGAAAUGUACGAUGAAGCUGCUUGGAAAGGUUGGGAAGAAUUCACAGUUGUCGACAAAGAAUUAGUCGCGGAUGAUAUCUAUCAAUUCACUGUUCAACCUGUUGAUUCUACUAAGGUUAAUUUGAAAAAUUUACCAAUCGUCGCUGGUCAAUAUAUUACUGUUAAUACUCAUCCAAUUAGACAAGAUAACCAUUACGAUGCUUUAAGACAUUAUUCUAUUUGUUCUAUAAGUGAUCAAGGUGGGUUGAAGUUUGGUGUUAAAUUAGAAUCUUCUCAAAAUAAUAAUCCAGUUGGGUUAGUCUCUGAAUUUUUACAUAAGGAUGUUAAAGUUGGUGACAAAUUGAAAUUAAGCGCCCCAGCUGGUGAUUUCGCAUUGAAUGAAAAAUUAAUCAAACAAAAUGAUAUCCCAUUAGUCUUAUUAUCUGCAGGUGUUGGUGUCACUCCAAUCUUAUCCAUGUUAGAAAAGCAAAUUUCUGUUAACCCAGAAAGACCAAUCUAUUGGAUUCAAUCUGCUUACGAUGACGGUCACUUAGCUUUCAAGAAACAAGUAAAUGCUCUAUUAGAAAAGGCUCCAAAUCAUAAGAAAAGUGUUGUUUUGACUAAUACUUCAAAGCCAAUUGAUGCUGAAUUCUUAAAGGCUAACGUCCCAGCUCAUGCUGAUGUUUACUUAUGUGGUUCUCUAGGUUUUAUGCAAACUAUGAUUGACCAUUUCGGUAUUUUGGAACAUAAGGCUGAUAUGAUUCAUUACGAACCAUUUGGCCCAAAGAUGUCUACCAUCAAGGUUUAA